CGGCGGCGGCGACCGGAGCGGCGAGCCGGUGCCGCCCGGGCUGCGCUUCGCCCGGGCAGCUUUGGCGGCGAGGGCGCCCGUGGCUCAGGAUGCGCGCGGGGGGCACGGUGCUCGCCCUGGCAGGCAGCCUGCUGCUGCUGCUCCUCCUGCGUCUGUUUUGGUGCCCGGCGGACGCGCCCGCCCGCUUCAGGCUGUCAGUGGAGGAAAGCGGGGAGGACGCCGGCGUUGGCACCUCAGCGGUGUUGAGGACGCUCCGGAGCCCGACCACCCCAGUACCACAGACCAGGGGCAGAAACAGCACAUAUCUGGAAGAGAAGUCACUCCAGCUGAUAGAGAAAUGCAAAAAUCUGCAAUAUGCCUUGAACUCUUUAUCUAACAAAACAAAACGGUACUCAGAGAAUGACUAUCUCCAGAUCAUUGCAAAUAUACAGACAUGCCCGUGGAAACGGCAAGCAGAAGAAUAUGACAAAUUCAGAGCAAAACUGACAUCCUGUUGUGAUGCUGUUCAAAACUUCGUGGUUUCCCAGAACAACACUCCAGUGGGGACUAACAUUAGCUACGAGGUGGAAAGCAAGAGUCAAAUCCUCAUUCGAGAGAACAUUUUCCACAUGUUCCCAGUGACCCAGCCUUUUGUGGACUACCCCUAUAACCAGUGUGCAGUGGUUGGCAAUGGGGGAAUUCUGAACAAGUCUCUCUGCGGAGCAGAAAUCGAUAAAGCUGACUUUGUCUUUAGGUGUAACCUCCCCCCAGUCACAGGGGAUGCUAGUAAAGAUGUCGGGAACAAGACGAAUCUUGUAACUGUGAACCCCAGCAUCAUAACACUGAAAUAUAAGAAUCUGAAGGAGAAAGAAAGGUUUCUGAAGGAUAUUUCCAACUAUGGAGACGCGUUCCUUCUCCUGCCAGCCUUUUCCUUCAGGAUGAACACUGGCCUAUCUUUUAAAGUCCACCAAACGCUUAAAGAUUCUAAGGCGAGGCAGAAGGCUCUGUUCUUCCACCCCAGGUACCUGAAAGAUCUUGCCGUUUUCUGGAGAACUAAGGGGGUGACCGCCUACCGCUUGUCCACAGGCCUGAUGAUCGCAAGCCUCGCGGUGGAGCUGUGUGAAAACGUGAAACUCUAUGGGUUCUGGCCUUUCUCUAAGACCGUGGAAGAAACCCCACUCAGUCACCACUACUACGACAACACGUUACCCAAGCAGGGCUUCCACCAGAUGCCCAAAGAGUACAGCCAGAUGCUCCAGCUCCACAUGAAAGGCAUCCUCAAACUGCAAUUCGGGAAAUGUGAAAUGACUUAACGUUUCUUAAAAUAGGAAUAAUUAAUUGCGGUAGAUGUAACAGGUGCAUCGUGGUCUCUUCAAACACUAAAGGAGGGUUACAGAAGAGCUCCCCAACGUGGCUAGACCAAAGCUCCCCACUAACUCUGCAGCCUCCACAAGUCACUCAUUCAACUUUCUUUCUCUGAAAAUGGAGAUCAUGGUAUCAGACUCUGACAAGUAAAACGAAAUGAUUUUUUAAAAAGCCUCUUAGAAUUUGAUUUGAGGGGCUGGCUGAAUGGUUUCCUUGCUCCUAUUUGUAAUAGCCAUUUCCACCUUUACCAGAGUUGGUAAUGAAACUGUGCCAAAGACACUUUCUGAAGAGAACGCCUGAAUCACGAGUAUUCAUCGAUUCUUGCUCACAGCCCUCCCUUUACUAACAAUACCGUUCACAUUUUUCUCUCCCUCCUACAACAGUGCAUACAAAAAGAAGUCAUUUAACAAAAUAUCCUUGAUUAUUCAGGAAAAAAUUCUUUUUUUGCAUGGCAAUGUGCCUGCUUCUGAUUCAGUUCACUGGUGACGUUAGAUGCAUUGAGCUGUUGGUUGGAUUUGGGGCAUUUCUUUGCCUCUUUUGUCUACAUCAUUCUCACCUUUAUCACUUUAAUCACUAUGUACUAGCUUCCUGCUUCAAAGUUCUGCUUUUCUCCCUCCCAGUGACAGGAUCCAAUCAAUCACCUAAAGUAGUUCCAAUACCCACUGCUUCUCACUUGUUAUCUUGUCCGUGAAGUUACUCAUCUGAUUUUUAAAAUAUUGAACAGCUGUUUGAUAUCAGACUCUAGGAACAGCCUCUUGUGGGAGGGUGUGAAGAUACUGGCAGAAAAACAAGUGCACACCAUUAAUUGAUAAGAUACCGCAAUCAUCACCAUGACAGUUCCGAACGUGGCCAUAGAAGGAUCAUAGACAGGAAUAGUUAAAUCUGUUCCACUAGAAUUGACUUCAAUGUAUCUGUUUCACAGAAAAAGUGAUUCUAGAAUUAAAACUAGAAAAUGAGUCAAUUCUUAGCAAAUUAAGAGGAUUCUAGGUAAAGAGAGCAAAGCAGGAAGAGAAUGCUGUUCCCUUGAUUCUGAUUAUCAAAAUGAAUAUGCUAGAAGGCAGAACGCAAGGUUGCCCUAAAAACUCCACACACUGGGAGAGGGCACAGUGCUGGGGUGGCAGCUUUGCCCACACUGGUGAAGGGGGAGUAAUUUAGACCUGAAAGAAGAAGACUUAGUAAAGAAACACCUUACACAUCUCUUCCGGGAGAGAAGAACGUUUUGAUAAAAAAUUACACUCAUAAGUUAUGCAUCAGUUUUGAGUAAUAUAGAUAUUACAUAUGAGCAUUUAUACUCCUUACUAAUGUUCCAGUGAUAUCCCUUAAUGUUAGCACAUUUAUUAAGUUAUUAGGCUUAAUAAAUAUCUAUGAGCAUAUAUUCCUGCUCAUUCAUGGAUGUUCCCAAGAAAUCUAAGAUAGGAGUAUAGCAGGUGAGGUCCACAUGCUAAGAUAACUGUAAAUUUCACUUUUUAAUUCUUACCUGAGCCAGCUUGUUGUUUAUCAAAUGCUUUUUUGGGGAAACAGUGCACUGUGAAAUCUUACUCUGAUAUAGUGUCAUUGUGUAUUUGACAUUUGUGAUGUUAUUUCAGGUUUACAUCUUUUCUGUUCUUUUAUAGCAAAUCAAAUUUAUUAGCUUUAGAAAUUUAUCAAAAGUUCAUAUAUAAGUAUUUUUCAAAGGGUAAAAGCUUUUUGUUACAUAAAAUCAAAUCUAUUUAUUAUCUUUCUUCUUCCAGUGAAUAGAGGCUCUUGUUAUGCUGCUGCUAACAAAUUUAAUUAGCUUUAAAUAAUCUCCUAGCAACAUUGGUCAUGUUUCAAUCAUGCUAUUAGAAAAGAAAUGUUUUUAAAAGUAGAUAAGAAAACUAUUAUUUUUAUAGUUAAUAAAAAUGUUUCUCAAAAUAUUUUGUGCUAAAUAAAAAGAGUCUUUUGAUGCCAUUAAAAAUAUAUGACUGAAAAAAAUAUGACUGAUGAACAAAGGGAGUAGACCAUACUGACAUAAAUGAUUAAAUAGAUAAUGUGGAGAUGUUUCAAGUUGCUCUACAAAAAAAAAAUUGUCUGGUCAGGAUGUUUUGAGCUUAUUAGUGGUUUGCCAUGUAAGAUGCUGUUUUAACUCCUGAGAUUUUUCUCUAGAAUAUCAAACAAACAAACAAACAAACAAACAAACCUCUUCAGUGUCAUACAAUAUGGAUUUCAGAAAUUCCCAAAAUACUGUGAGGUUAGUGAUCAUGAUGGCAGCCCUGUCUCAACCAAAAAUCAGUAGAAAAAAAAAAUUGAAAUUUCUGUAUAGAAAAGCACAGACCUUUUCAGGUAUGCAGAUCAUCGGUUUAGUUCUUGUUUCGUGUUUGUGCUGCCAAACCUGAGCGGGUCUGAAAUGUUACCACAACUCUACCUGGAUUAACCUAGGCAGGAGUGAGAAGGCAGCCUUGGGCUUCCGAGUGCUGUACUCACGUCGCUUAGUCUGCAGGGCUACAAGAUGGAGUUCAGAGCUUUUUUUUUUUUUUUUUUUUUUUUUUUUUUUUUUUUUUUUUUUUU